CCACCACCACCGGCCUACUCUGAGGCUGACCUGCUUCCUCUACUCUCUACACCCAAAUUAAACAACACACUCCGCCCACACACCAACAUAAUCAUCAUGUCUUCUCAUUCCACCCACCACCUCUUUCUCUCUCUCCCACCUUCUGUUUCUCCCUCCUCCAACUACGAUCAACCUAGACAUGUACCUGACCUUUGGUUGUUCGGAGCUGAAGACAGAAGGGUUCUUCCUUCAAUCUGCAAUGCGGUUUCCAAAUCUCGCACUCGAGACGUCUUUCAACCAGUGAUUAAUAAGUGGCAUAAGAAUCCUUCGAUUCUGGGGGAUGACACACAACAAGAUGAAGAGGCUCCUCCUAUCAAGGACGACGACUCUGCAACAACCGAGAUCAUCAAGGAGCAUGUGGAAUCCAUCAAGUCCAUGCUGUCUUCUAUGGAGGACGGGGAGAUCAGCGUAUCAGCGUACGACACCGCCUGGGUUGCUUUGGUCGAAGACGUCAAUAGUAGUGGUUCCCCGCAGUUCCCUUCCAGCCUCGAAUGGAUUGCCUACAACCAGCUCGAAGAUGGCUCUUGGGGUUUCGAGGACUUCUACUCCGCCCACGAUCGAAUCAUUAGCACCCUCGCCUGCGUCGUUGCUUUGAAAUCGUGGAAUCUCCACCCCGACAAAUGCGACAAAGGAAUGAGGUUUUUCAAGAAAAACCUAAACAAGCUGGAAGACGAGAAUAUCGAACACAUGACUAUAGGGUUCGAGGUUGCGUUUCCCUCUGUUUUGGAAAUAGCUCGGAGCUUAAACCUUGAAGUUCCUGACGACUCUCCUGUGUUGCAUAAGAUCUAUGAUUGCAGAAACCUAAAACUAACCAAGAUACCCAAGGACAUACUGCACAGAGUACCCACAACCCUUCUUUAUAGCAUGGAAGGGAUGGCAGGUCUCGACUGGGAAAAGCUUCUGAAACUCCAAUGCCAAGACGGCUCGUUCUUGUUCUCUCCGGCGUCCACUGCCUACGGGGCUCAGCAGACCAAGGACCAAAACUGCAUAUCCUAUCUGUCAAGAGCAGUCCGCAAGUUCAAUGGAGGAGUCCCUAAUGUGUACCCAGUCGAUUUGUUCGAACACAUUUGGGCAGUGGAUCGGUUGCAGAGGUUGGGAUUGUACAGAUACUUUGAUCCGGAGAUUAAGGAAUGUAUGAACUACGUAGCCAAGUUCUGGACUGAGAAAGGGAUUGGCUGGGCGAGAAACUCAGAGGUUCAGGACAUCGAUGACACAGCGAUGGGAUUCAGACUGCUCCGAUUGCAUGGGCUCAAAGUGUCAGCUGAUGUGUUUAAGCAUUUCAAGAAAGGGGACGAGUUUUUCGGCUCCGCCGGACAAUCAAACCAGGCUGUGACUGGAAUGUACAACUUGUAUAGGGCAAGUCAGGUGGCCUUGCCGGGAGAGAAGAUCCUCUAUGACGCUAAGGAGUUUUCAACAAAGUUCCUUAGGGAGAAGCAAGCUUCAAAUGAGCUUCUAGACAAGUGGAUCAUAAUGAAGGACUUGCCCGGAGAGGUGGGAUAUGCACUUGACGUUCCAUGGUAUGCGAGCUUACCUCGACUGGAGACUAAAGUCUAUAUCGAACAGUAUGGUGGUGCAGAUGACGUAUGGAUUGGCAAGACUCUCUACAGUAUGCCCUAUGUUAACAAUAAUUUGUAUCUUGAACUGGCAAAGGUAGACUUCAACAAUUGCCAAGCACUACAUCUCAGUGAAUGGGACAACCUUCAAAAGUGGUACGGAGAAUGGAAACUUGGAGACUAUGGAUUAAGCAAAAAGAGUCUCCUCACGGCUUAUUUUGUUGCCGCAGCAAGUAUCUUUGAACCUGAAAGGGCAAAUGAACGACUCGCAUGGGCUAAGACGGCCUCCUUAGUUGAUACAAUCGAGUCUAAUUUUAAGGGGGAACCUUCUCAUCAAGAUAAGAAGGCGUUUGUUGAUGAGUUCAAAAACCUUUCCAAUAUGCGAGAGUAUGAAGUUGCAAGGAGGUCGAAUAAGAACAAGACUGCUGCGCAAGGAAUUGUGGGGGCUUUGUUGGCGACGUUAAGCCAACUCUCAUUGGACACCAUGGUGCUACAUGGCCAAGAUAUAUCCCAAUCUCUGCGUCAAACUUGGGAACAGUGUCUACUGAAAUGGCUAGAGAAAGGAGGACGGCACCAAGAUGAAGCCGAGCUGCUAGUAGAAACAAUAAACCAAACCGCUGGCAUUUCACUAACUCGGGGGUUGCUGUCCAAUACUCAUCCAGAUCAUGACGAGCUUAUCAAGCUGACUAACAAAGUUUGCAAUCAACUUCGUUCUUGCCUAAACCAAAAGCACAAGGUAAAUGAUAAUGGGGCCUGCGGAACGAAAAUGAACCUGACAACGCAGGCAAUAGAAUCAGACAUGCAAAAGCUUGUGGAAUUGGUGAUAACAUCUUCGGAUGUGGAAUCCUUAAUUAAGCAAAGCUUUUUCACAGUGGCGAGGAGUUUCUACUAUUUGGCCUACUGUGACCCUAAAAUCAUAAGCCAGCACAUUGACAAAGUACUCUUCCAGAGAGCAAUUUGAUUAACUCGCAGGAGAUUAAUUAAGUCAUUGUAGAUAGCUAGUAUGAGGUUCUAUGUAAUCCACAGAAUUAAUCUUCAUCAAUUAAAGUACCCCUCAGAU